CUUUCGGAGUGUCUACUGGGAACAAUUUCGGCAUGGAGGAAAUUUAUGCUAAGUUUGUGUCUCAGAAAAUCAGCAAAACCCGCUGGCGACCGGUACCUUCGGGGAGUCUGCAGACCGCGGAGACCUUCGCUACGGGCUCUUGGGACAAUGAGGAAAAUUAUGUUUCACUGUGGUCUAUCGGAGAUUUGGGGAACUUGGACUCUGAUGGAGGAUUUGAAGGAGACCAUCAGUUAUUAUGCGGUAGCAGGCACUGUGGCGAUGUUAUGGAUUUACAAUUUUUUGAUCAGGAAAGAAUUGUCGCUGCUUCAUCAACAGGAUGUGUAACAGUGUUCCUUCACCAUCCAAAUAAUCAGACACUGACAGCCUGCCAGCAGUGGGCCACAGCUCACUACCACACAGGUCCAGGCAGUCCUUCCUGGAGCUGUGCGCCAUGCACGGGGGUGGUGUGCAACAACCCAGAGAUUGUCACAGUUGGAGAAGAUGGUCGAAUAAACCUCUUCAGAGUUGAUCACAAGGAAGCUGUGAGAACUAUAGACAAUGCAGAUAGCAGUACACUCCAUGCUGUAACCUUCCUUCGAACUCCUGAGAUUCUUACAGUCAAUUCAAUUGGACAGUUAAAAAUAUGGGAUUUCAGACAACAAGGAAAUGAGCCCUCUCAGAUAUUAUCACUGACCGGUGACCGAGUGCCACUCCACUGCGUUGACAGACAUCCCAACCAACAGCAUGUUGUAGCUACGGGUGGCCAGGAUGGAAUGCUGAGUAUUUGGGAUGUUCGACAAGGAACUAUGCCUGUGUCUCUACUGAAGGCUCAUGAAGCUGAAAUGUGGGAAGUUCACUUUCACCCGUCCAACCCAGAUCAUUUAUUUACGUGUUCUGAGGAUGGGUCCCUCUGGCAUUGGGAUGCCUCCACAGACGUGCCUGAAAAAUCAUCACUCUUUCACCAAGGAGGAAGAAAUAGUACCUUUUUGUCUCACAGCAUCAGUAACCAGGCCAGUGUUCACCAGUCUCUCAUAAGCUCCUGGCUCAGCACUGACCCUGCGAAAGACCGCAUUGAGAUCACGAGCUUGCUUCCCAACAGGACUUUGUCUGUGAACAGUUUGGAUGUUUUAGGUCCUUGUCUUGUGUGUGGAACCGAUGCCGAAGCCAUUUAUGUUACUAGGCAACUUUUUUCAUGAAAAGAUUUUAAUUGUAAGAUUUCAGGUGAAAAACAUUUCGAAUUCCAGCGUCUUUACAAAUUUUUAUUAUUGAAAAAUGUGAAAUUUUCAGGGGCAGCAUUGGUAAACUGGUGUGCAUGGCAGUGUCCAGUUCUGUGUUUUGUUAGCUGGAAAUUCCUUGCCCUAACAAGCUGCAGAAUCUGAUAGGUGCCUGGCGGCGGAAGAACAGGAACAUGUGCGAGCACGACAGAGGGACCCUUGUGUUGGUGAAUGCGCUGCCUUGAAACAGGCUCUGCUGGACUGCUCGUGGGAGCUGCUCUUCAUUUCCGAUUAUGGGAGACUCAGCUCACCGGCGGGUUCCCAUCCUUUCUGUCAACUGUGUGGCAUUAGCCAGUGUUCGUGUUUCGUCUUUGCACUGCAAGUAUUUUCUUCUGUUCUUAAUAAUUUUAAUAAACUUUUUCAGAAA